AUGACGCCGAGAGCCUUUCCUCUCAUGCGCCCCACCUUGCCUCCCUCCUCUCGGGAAACUUCUUCCCUCCAUUCCACCCUCACCCCGCCCUCUCCCCCUCCCCCAAUCCCCCAUACAGACCCACCCUCUCCCCUCCCCCAACCCUUUUCCUCACGUCUGUCCCUCGGUCCCCCCCCCCCCCCCCUCCGAGCCCACAACAGCAGCAGCGCUGGCAACCAUACCCCCAUGGCAUCUGUGUCUCUUUCCUUCCCCGCUGCUUCUGUCAGGGAGAGGGCAGGGUGGGCAGGGGGGCGUGUGAGUCGACUCAUUAUUCACCUCUCUCCUUCUUCCCUCUUCCCCUCUUGCACCCUUCCCCCCGCCUCCAGCCCACAGCAGCAGCAGCGCUGUCAGCCAUACCCUACCUGCCCACGGCAUCUGCGGCUCUCUCCUACCCAGCUGCUGCCAUCACCCACAGCAGCAGCAGCGCUGGCAGCCAUACCCUACCCGCCCAUGGCAUCCGUGGCCCUCUCUUACCCUGCUGCUGCCGUCAGGGAGGGCGCGGGGCAAGCAGGGGGGCUGCGCGGGUAUGGGCAGCUGCACCCGCGCUCUCAAGAACUGGCCACACUGGGCUGCAUCUACAGUUCUGCCCUCUUCCCCAACAGAGCACCUGACGGUCGGGUGCUGCUCAUCUGCUAUGUGGGCGGUGCGGGGAACGAUGCUGUUGCUGAAAUGUCCCACACAGACCUCAUAGCAGCAGUGGACUGUGACAUGCGCACCACGCUCCUCCAUCCCUCCGCGCCUCCUCCUCUGGCGCUCGGGGUGCGUGUGUGGCCGCGAGCCGUUCCCCAGCUUAAUACUGGCCACCUUGGAAGAAUAGAGGCGGCAAAGACAGGGAUCGAAGAGGCAGAGAUGGAAGGGGUGUUUCUUGGAGGGAAUUAUUUGACGGGUGUUGCGCUGAGUUGGUGUGUUGAGGGAGGGUAUGAGAACGCUAUUGAGAUUGCCAAAUCGUCACACGUCGCGCAGAGGCACGUCGCCAGCCGUCGUGGCGCUCGCUGCGAUGCUGCGACGGCGGGGAGCGACGGGAAGCCGCGCGUGCGAUUCGCGCCGUCGCCGACGGGGAACCUGCAUGUGGGCGGGGCUCGCACGGCGCUCUUCAACUGGCUCUUUGCGAGGGCGACGGGCGGCAAGUUCGUGCUGCGCGUGGAGGACACCGAUCUGAACCGCUCCACACCGGAGUCCGAGGCCGCCAUGGUGCGCGACCUGCGGUGGCUGGGGCUCGACUGGGACGAGGGCCCGGACGUGGGCGGUCCCCUGGGCCCGUACCGCCAGUCAGAGCGCAAUGAGAUCUAUCGCGAGCUGACUGAGAAGCUGCUGGCGUCUGGCAUGGUGUACCGCUGCUUCUGCACUGAUGAGGAGCUAGCAGCAAUGAAGGCGGAGCAGGAGGCGAAGAAGCUUCCUCCCAAGUACGCGGGCAAGUGGGCGCGGGCCAGCGAGGACGAGGUGGCUGCUGAGCUGGCAAAGGGCACGCCACACUCGUUCCGCUUCCGAGUGCCACCCAACAAAGUCAUUAAGAUCAACGACCUUGUUCGCGGGGAGGUGGCGUGGAACACGGAUACCCUGGGUGACUUCGUGGUGCUGCGCAGCAACGGGCAGCCAGUGUACAACUUCUGUGUCACUGUGGACGACGCCACCAUGAAGAUCUCCCACGUCAUCAGAGCGGAGGAGCACUUGCCCAACACUCUGCGCCAGGCGCUCAUCUACGAGGCCCUGGGUCUGCCCAUGCCCACGUUCGGCCACGUGUCGCUCAUCCUCGCUCCUGACCGCUCCAAGCUCUCCAAGCGCCACGGCGCCACCUCCGUUGGGCAGUUCAAGGAGCUGGGCUUCCUACCAGAGGCGAUGGUGAACUACCUGGCGCUGCUGGGGUGGAACGACGGCACGGAGGACGAGAUCUUCACGCCCUCGCAGCUCGUUGAGAAGUUCUCUCUCUCACGCGUCACCAAGUCCGCCGCCAUCUUUGACAACGCCAAGCUGCGCUGGAUCAACGGCCAGCACUUCCGCCAGCUGUCCGAGGAAGCUUCUACGCAGCUGCUCGCCGAGCAGUGGCAUGCCAGUGGCCUGCUGGCAUCAGCAGAUGCUACCAGCCGCACCACGCAGGCAGCAGCAUCAUUGGUGCGCAACGGGCUGGAGCUGGUCACAGAUGCCGAUGCAGCACUGGAGGCGCUGCUGGCAUUCCCUCUCAAGGAGACGCUCGCCAGCGAGGAGGCCAAGGCAGUGGUGGAGGACGGGCUGGACGAAGUGAGGGCGGCGCUGCUGGCGGAGUGGGAGAGCGGAGCACUGCUGGCAGCGGUGGAUGGCGGCGCUGCCACGUGGAAGAAGUGGAUCAAGGGGUUCGGCAAGGCCACUGGCCGCAAGGGCAAGCGCCUCUUCAUGCCCAUCCGCGUGCUGCUCACAGGCUGCAUGCACGGGCCUGAUGUGGGGGAGACACUCACCAUGCUGCAGCACGCAGCAGCGGAUAAGGCGCUGGGGCCCAAGGCUCACUGCGUGGGGCUGGAGGAGCGGAUUAGCAUCCUUAGGGAUGCAGACCUUACUGCUGCUCCUGCUGCUGCUGAGGCUGUGGCUGCAAGCGUGGCACAAUGA